CACUUUGCAUGUUGCCCUCCGAGCCAGACCCCUCCAAUCAUGAACAGCGAACAGCACUAUUAUGCCUCUGCUCAGCUUUACAAGGAUUCGUGCGCUUUCCAGAGAACGCAGAGCCAGGACUAUAACCAGAGCCCACCGCCGUGUCUGUACAUGGGGCGGCAGCAACCGGGUUCUUUCUCCACACCUGCACUGAGUGGUGUAGAGCAGGGCAGCCCUCCGGACAUUUCUGCGUAUGAAAUGCCGCUAAUUCCCGAGGACCCCGGGGUCUCCCAUCUUCAUCACCACCCAUCUCAGCAUCACCACCUUACCCCGCAGCAAGUGAUGGGAUUCGGGGACGCGGCGGAGAUGGCACUGCUCGAUGAGCGCAGCAGGAUCCAGCUGCCGUUCCCCUGGAUGAAAUCCACGAAAUCGCACGCCCACACCUGGAAAGGACAAUGGCCAGGUGGGUCGUACAUGGCGGAGCAGGAGGAAAACAAGCGCACAAGAACCGCGUACACGAGAGCCCAGCUUCUAGAGUUAGAGAAAGAGUUUCUCUUCAACAAAUACAUAUCCCGACCACGGAGAGUGGAACUGGCGGUGAUGCUUAACCUGACCGAGAGACACAUAAAGAUCUGGUUCCAGAACCGGAGGAUGAAAUGGAAAAAAGAAGAAGACAAAAAGAGGACGAGGAACGAUGACCCAGAACAGGACUCUUCUGUCUCCUCCGGGGAUUUGAAGGACGAGCUCUGUGCAGCUUCGACUCUGAACACCAGGGAAUUAGUCACCGCCAGCAUCGCUCCUUCUCCGCAGACCAGCAUCAUCCAGGGGUCCGCGUUAAGAAACCCGGCAUGAUGACAAUCACGAUGGACAGCUGGAAAUCAAACAUGUAUUAUAUUACUGUACCCGGGGGAGUGCUGAAAAAGAGACAGCGAGAUUGAGUUAAAAGCGGAUCGCGUGUGAUAACAAUAACACCCCUUCAGCCAAAUGUUGCAGAAUUAAACGUAAUCCUCAGAAACAGAAAGUAAAUGAAUUGUUUUUAUUGGAGGGGGGUGAUGUUCAGGGAGCUUUUAGAACGAAACACUUCCAAAGAAAGUGCUUGAUUUAUGUUCCGGUUCCCGAAGAUCUCGGCUUUCUGCAUGGCGGAGAAGCCUGCGCUGUAACGCGUUUACCAAAGGAAAAGAGCAGCGACGCUUUGAUACGUUUGCACUAAAAAUCACUAUUACGCACAUUAACGUGGAUUACUGGGUUUAGA